AUGGCUCAAGAUUGGGCGGGCUUCUCUGAGGAGGAGCUGAGGAAAUGGAGGCAGAAUAAAGAUUCAUUUGGACCUCAGCGCCGUCUCCCUGUGAAGAAAACCCGACAACAACUUCAGCGAGAAAAAGCCCUUCUGGAGCAAAGCCAAAAACUUGGACUUCAAGAUGAGCCAUCCUCAUUACCUCCUGGGCAGCAGCUUUCUGCACCAAAACAGAGCUUUAGCAUUGAACCACACCGCUGUCCAUUGCUGCUUCUAGUCCUCUCGCAUGCCUCUCCUACUGCAAAGCCACAGGGCACUGGCAGUCAACCAAGGGAACAAGGACUUGAGAAUUCCCAUGAUGGUCACAGACAUGAGAUUCUGCCUCCAAAGCCAGAUUGCAUAUUGGAAACAAAGAAAGUGGAAUUGCAAGAACAAUCUCGUUGGGAAGUCCUGCAACAAGAACAGCGACUAAUGGAAGAGAAAAAUAAGCGCAAGAAAGCUUUCUUGACUAAAGCAAUUGCAGAAAGAUCUAAAAGAACUCGGGCCGAAACCAUAAAGCUGAAGCGGAUCCAGAAGGACUUGCAGGCUUUAGAUGACAUGGUGUCAGCUGACAUUGGAAUCCUCAGAAACCGAAUUGAUCAGGCUAGCCUAGACUACUCAUAUGCAAGGAAGCGGUUUGACAGGGCCGAAGCUGAGUACAUCACAGCAAAGCUAGAUCUCCAGCGCAAGACAGAGACCAAAGAACAGCUCACAGAACACCUCUGCACUAUCAUCCAGCAGAACGAGCUCCGCAAGGCCAGGAAGCUGGAGGAGCUGAUGCAGCAGCUGGAUGCACAAGCUGAUGAGGAGACUUUGGAGUUCCCAGUGGAGGUGGAAAACUUGCUGGAGGAACAGGAACAGGAAGCGGAAGCAAGGAAACAAGUGGUUGCUGUAGAGAGGCCUCUCCAGCUUGGUGGGGACGGUAUGUCAUUAGGGUGUGCCAAAGACAACAAAAAGCCUCAAGAACAAGCUGGUCCCCCAAAGGUAGACAAACCAUGUGAAAAGACUAGUAGCUUGACCUCUAAUCAAGACUUCACAGAUAGAAGUGCUAAAACUUAG